UUCGAGCUCUCCGAGGCUUUCCUGAACAACAAGCAAACAUGAAAUACUUCACCGCUAUCGCCCUGUUCGCCCUGGUGGCCAUUGCAGCCCUCACGGAAGCGAAACCCACCGGGGUGGAGUCCAUCGAACCGGCGCGGGCCGAGUCCACUUCGCCGGAAGCAGCCAGGAACAAGCGAGGAUUGUUGCUGAGCGCGGCUUAUACGGCGCCGCUCACUUACAGUGCAUACACCGCACCGGCCGUGGCGUACUCCGCAUACAGCUACCCCUAUGCGUACACGGCCUAUUCAAGCUACCCCUAUUACGCCGCUGCCUAUAGCGCACCCUAUUACUUGGCCUAGAUACGCGACCACAUGAGCCCGAGGGAAUACGUCAAAUUACCGACCAGCUUCUCUGAUUUCGACGAUGACAACCGCCAACUCGA